AUGGACUGGGAUGUGCGCUUUGCAAUCCCUGAGUGCAACGCAGAAAACACCGCGUUGAUAGAAGAGAUUAUUACGAAAGAAAAGCAGCUCUUGGAAAUUGAGCAAAAAAUUGAGAAUAACACAAAUAAGACACAGACACAGACUGGAGAGCUCAAACUCCUGAAACACACCCUGGAAAGCACUGAGGCAUUAUAUAGAGCAAUGAUGAGAGAAGUGGAGACAGAAAACCACUUGACUGCUCUGGCUGAGAGAGAGGCGGGUCGGCUGUCCCAGGAGUCCUCAAAGAUGAACAAUGAGCUUAGAUUGUUGGAUGAGAGGUGCAACACAAUGGAGAACCAAAUACACAAGAUCAAACAAAAGCUGCAAGACUUUAAGAGUCAAAUGAACUGGGACCAGCAGACAAUGGAUGCCUUUUUAGAAGAGUCAGUGCGGAAAGAUGAGGACACCAUGACAAUUAUCAAGUACUCACAACAAGACGAGCAGAAGAUAAAGUCACUCACUCUGGCUAUUGAGAAGAAGACUGUGGAGGCAAAUGAAAAACGCAAAGCUCUCGACAAAGUGUCAACAGAGACUCUUUCUACACAGAUUGCUUUGGACAAAACCUCUGAAAAUUUGAACCAGGUACACCAGGAAACGCAGAAUCUCCUUCAGCAGUGGGAAUUCACCCUUAAGCAAAUGAGGCAAACAGACAAUGAGAUGCAGCACUGCGGAUUGAAAUUGGCAGAAAUGAACCAGCAAGUCAGAGAAAAGAAUAAUACUAUUACAGAAAAGAAGCACUUGCUCGAGACCCAGCAGAACAACAACAAAGAGACAGAGAGGAAGCUAACGAUGGCCAACCAGCUGGGAGUGAAACUGCAGCAGGAGCUGAAGGAGCAGGAGAGCAGCCACGACCGCCUGAAGGACGAGUUAAGUACAUGCAAGAACACUCUGGAGAGGACCACAUCAGACGUGGAUGCUGCUAAGUCUCAAAUAUCUAGACUGAAGAAUGAGAUCUGUGACAAGGACAAGAAACUGAAAACGGCCAAAGCCUACAAUGCUGCUCUACAAGAGAAGCUCAGAGAUGUGACUGUGUCUGCGCUGAGUCAAGAAGAGAGGGCUUCUCAGAUGGAGCGCUUUCUUCAGGGUGAGGAACAGAUAGUCAAGGAGUUGGAGAUGCAAAUGCGUGACCACAGGGAAGAGCUGUUUCGCCAUAAACAGCUUCUCCAGACAAUGAGGAGCGAUGAAAAGAAUGUACUCGCUCAAAUCUCCAGGAAUAGGAUCACACUGCUGAGUCUGGAAGAUGAGCAAAGUAAAGUCGAGAAGGAUUUAAUGUUGCAGCAGUUGACCAUGAACCAGCAGGCAACAGAGAUCAACUCCCUCACAAUCAAACUGGAGCGGCUGCAGGGGAGCGUGAACACUGAGGAGAAGAAAAUACUUGAUAUGAAGAUCUCUGAGCUGACGAUGGCUCUGGAGGAAAAGCAGAAACAAGCAGCUUCGCAGAGCAGUAUGUUGAAGAAAGUGGAGGAGGACAUCUGCAGCUGUAAAAAGAAGCUCGAUAAGUGUGAAACCCAGAAGAGGAAAUUGGAGGAAAAAGUGGAGGAUCUGGAGCUGCAGUGUAAAACCAACGAGAAGGAGCUCAAGUUACUGCAGUUGAAGAAGAUGAACAGUGGGGUGGAGCACAACCUUCUGAAAACAGAGGUGAAGCGUAAGCGUGAUCUGUUGUACAGUAACACAGACACCGUGAUGUCUCUGGAGAAACGGCGACUGGAGUUUCAGAAAGUGAUGAAAGAGCGAGAGGAGGAGAUUCGCCUUUACAAAGAAUGGCAGAAUCAGGAACUGAAGAUGAUUGAUCGAGAAAGACUGAAGCUGAGUGCAGAGUUAAAUGAGAAGCUGUCAAAGGUUGAUUUGAUGAAGAAGAGGUUUGAUGUUUUGAUGAUUUCAAUGGCGGGUCCUGAGGGAGAGGAGCAGAAGUCUCAAGCUUACUACAUUACAAAGGCUGCCCAAGAAAAAGAAGAACUGAAACGCAAAGGGGACAGCCUGGACACUAGAAUCCGUAAAGUUGAAGUUGAAAACCGUGCAUUGGAAAACACUAUUCUUAUGUUCAACAAUUCCAAUUCUAUAUUUCGUGAAUCCUUGAAUAGAGUCAAAGAAUCCAGCCCUGAGUUUAAGGAAAAGUCAAAGCUGGAGGAGCAGCUGAAGGCGUCUGAGGCCACACUGAAACACAAGCAGAUGCAAGUUCAGGAGCUGCAACAGGAUUUACAGGAUAUGAACAGUACUUUUGAGAAUCUCCAGCAAGAGGAGACACUUGAGAAACAAAAGAUUGAGGGCAAACUGGCUCUCGUCACGAAGCUUAACAAAGAAGUGAUGUCUCAGCAGGAAAAGAUCGACAGAGCUGCAAAACAGUGUACAAAGUUAACACGAGACAUUCGUACAGCAAAACAAAGCAAGGGCGAGACUUUUGAAGAGAAGGACAUCAGGCUCAAAGAACUAAGAGAAUUAAGCAGAGACAUUGACAAGAUGGUGAUUGAAGCCAUGCAGGACCACCCUGACCUUAGAGCAGCGCUGGUAAUGUACUUUGAGCAGGAAAACCUGUCUUUACCCUCUCCAGCCUCAACUCCCUCAAGAAACAGCAGGAGCUCUGGGUCCAAGUCCGGCUCAGCCUGUAGCUCUGCGUCAGGAAGGUCCACGUCUGUGUCCUCCUCUGGCAGCAGCCCCAGGUCUCACCAGUCUCCCGCUCUCAGCACGGUGGAGGUCGGCCUCGAUCUGCCCACGUCACCUCCACCCACCUCCAGCCGCAGCCAGAGCUCAGCCAGCAGCAGCAGCAGCAGCAGAAAGAAACUGUAG